AUGGAUCGCGCGGAGGACGCGACGACGACGACGACGACGACGACGACGACGACGACGACGACGACGGAUGCGUCGCACCCGAUCGCGGUGACGCGAACGAACGAUCAGGGCGAUGCGAACGCGAUGGAGGAAACGAUGGCGGACGGUGCGACCGCCGUCGAUGCGUCGACGGACGCCGCGGUGCGUGGUCCCGAGCGAACGCGCGACGCGCGACGAUUCCCGGACAUGCCGUUUUGCCCGGCGCGACCAAAGGCGAACAGAGGGACGGUUCGGGACGAGCGGUGGACGCGACCGGCGCUGAGAGAGUGCUCGCAGGAGGAUUUCAUGCUGGACUUUAUGCGCUUUCACCACGCGCGCGGGCGGGACUGGGAGAGGUGUUGGUCGAAUCUCGAUCGCGCGUUGGCGCGAACGGGGGCGCCCAUGGAUUGCAUGCACCUCUAUCGCAUGAUUUGCGCGCUGGGGGGGUUCGUGAAUCGCGAGAGUGCGAAAACGCGGCUGUCGAUGACGGAGAUAUUCAAACUGAUGUUCAAUUACUACGAGAACCACACGAUGACGGACGUGGGGAAUCGCUUGUUGAACGCGUACGAGAAUUAUUUUUGGGAGUACGAGCUCGCGCACGAGGACGAUGUCUCGCGGGGUACGUGUCGAAGCUGCGGCGGUGGGAUUUUCCAUAGCUCAGACUCUGGGUUGUUGCACGUGUGCAAAAUUUGCCACGCAAAUUAUCAUCGCGGAUGUCAACCUCCGGAGAGAUUUCCCGAAACCUUUGGCACCGGGAAAGACGCGGGAUGCUCGAUGCAUUUCGUGUGCUGGGCGUGCACUAGAUCAAGACCGGCGGAGGCGGGUGUGGAGAGUUUUAAAGUUCGCGACGCGCAAACAGUGGACGCGGAGGAUUACUACGAGCGCCUGUACGAGUUCGUCGCCAGGCGCGGACGCAAGUAUAAGGGUUCGUACGUGCUGCCGACGCGAGCUCCGGCGGAUGCUCCGACGGAAGCUCCGACGGAAGCUCCGACGGAAGCUCCGACGGAUGAAAUCAAACAGGUGAGCGAGAAUGGUGGCGAGGAAGGGGCGACGAUUAAGGUUGAGGAAGCGGUAGCUAUGGAUAUGUAA